UCGACGAACUCGUUUCCGUUGCGACGGUGAAAUAUGUCCGAGAGAGAAAAUGUUAGCAUUGGAUUGAAGUUUGGAAGUUAUGCUACUAGUUAACUCUUAACCUUGUAUUUGCAUAUGCAACUAUAUACCCGAGUAAAAGCGAAUUUAUGUCAGCUAAAAUUAUCUUGACAAACAUGAACGUUAGAGUGACGUCCUGGAUGUUUACUGUGUGCUUGCUGGCAGUUGCAGCAGAUGAAAUGCUGAAUAUACCAGGAGGAAAGAUGUUAAUGGGAACCAGUGCAGCUGAUGGGAAAGAUGGAGAGUCGCCCACCAAGGACGUUGAACUGAAGCCUUUUAAAAUAGACAAAUACCCGGUCACAAAUGCCGAUUUCAGAGACUUUGUGAGAGCACAGAAGUACAAAACUGAGGCUGAGACGUUUGGAUGGAGUUUUGUGUUUCAAGACUUUGUGUCAGAUGAGCUGAAGAGCAAAGUCACGCAGAGGAUUGAGUCUGCUCCUUGGUGGUUACCUGUGGAACGAGUGUUUUGGAGACAGCCCGCAGGACCUGGUUCAGGCAUUCGGGAGCGCCUGGACUUCCCAGUGGUUCAGGUGAGCUGGAACGAUGCUCAGGCCUUCUGCCGGUGGAAGGACAAGCGUCUGCCCACUGAGGAGGAGUGGGAGUGGGCUGCACGUGGGGGCCUGCAAGGUCGGACUUAUCCGUGGGGAAACAAAUUCCAGGCCAACAGAAGCAACCUGUGGCAGGGAUUGUUUCCAGAUAGAGACACUGCAGAAGAUGGUUACCAUGGAGUCUCUCCUGUCACAGCGUUCCCUCCCCAGAACAGUUAUGGACUCUACGACAUGAUGGGAAACACAUGGGAAUGGACAUCCACGCCCUUUCCAGGAGCACAACCAAUGUAUGUGCUGCGUGGUGCCUCCUGGAUUGACACAGUGGAUGGUUCAGCUAAUCAUAAGGCACGAAUCACAACCAGGAUGGGAAACACUCCUGACUCGGCUUCUGAUAACCUGGGAUUCAGGUGUGCUGCCAGUGAUGGACAGAAACAAGGGAAGAAAAAAGACAAAACUGAACUUUAGCAGCAAACAGGAAGUCAAAAAUAUUAAGUGAAAGACAGUAAUGUUCAUUCGAACAAGUGGUAAGUCAAGUUAUUAAUGGAUCUGACGACUCUGAAGUUAGUGAAGAACAAGAAAAAAUAAGGGACCAAUUAAAUAUUAAUGACUAACAUUGAAUAUUAAUAUGAUUGUGCUGACAGGAAGGUGAGAGCGUCGCAACAAAAUAUUUCUCCUGUGGAGAACUUUGUUUUUAAUGAAUUUAAAGAAUCAACACAAUAAUAUUAGCACCUAACAUUCCAGAAAUAAAUAAUUUUCCCAAAAAAAGGUUCCUUGUUGCUGUUUUUCCAUAAUAUAGUUCACACCCCAAAACAAUGAAAGUCUCCCGUCCAUAACUUUACAGGCAUGACUUGAAGAAAUGGGACACUCUGUCAGCAUUGGUCGUCCUCGUGCUACAUACUGGGAUCCAGCUUUUGUUGUGGUUUUUAUGUGACUGGAGAGUAAAUCGGUCCUUUGGUUUAGUCACGGCCUCCCAUAAUCCUGUCUUUGUCUUUCUGUUUAGUUUCUCAUCACGAGUGGCUGGCUGAGUGUUUGUUCGGACCGAUUCUGUUGGCCACCGCAGAUAAGAAGUUUUAUAACCAAUCCAGUCUUGUUAAAGUACAAACGAACUGUA